AUGGAAAGGGACGUUUACGAUUUCACUACCGUGGAAAAGGGCCGAACUGAGACCGAACCUCUCAAUAUUCAAGCUGGGGAAUGGGGGUUUUCAAUUAAAUUAUUGACUCAACCAAACCCAAAUCCACAUCAACUUAUGCAUAAAUUGGAUGAAAAAAACGUCGCAUGGAUUUUCGACAUAAAUGAAAUGAUGAAAAAUGAAAAGGACAAAUCUCAUUUUGGAAUGGUUUUUGGCUAUGGCGACGGUACAGAAGCAAAGGAACAUUAUAAUAUCUCCCUCAACGUUAUCGACGACCACGUGGCUCGUUUAGGGACUUUUACCAUUUUGCCAGGAAAGCGAAAGAAUCUGCUCAUUUUGGAGGUCAACAUGAAAUAUGCACACCAGUUCGAUGCGACAUUUACUCAAGACACAACGAAACUGCGUCAGAAUGUGUAUUUCUGGACUCAUGGACAUUGA